UCCUGUUUAGAUAGACUGGAUAGUGAUUUGGUGGUGGCGUGGGACCGUGCUAGCUGUUGUGUUUAUUUGUAAACACACGGUUCCGAUUUGAUCACAAUCCUGUUGUUUUGCUUUUUGUUGCCUUAAAACUAAAGUAAAGGUACUUUAAUAAUAAUAAUAAUAAUAAUAAUAAUAAUAAUAAUAUCACCGUUCGAAUCAUGCUGCAGCUCAACGACUCGGUAGAACCUGAAAGCCCCGGCGCAGCUGUGCUCCACACCGGGGGAAAUGAAGAUGGCGUGGAGGUAGCAUUUACCCCACCGGGAAUAGGGGGGGUCCGGCCGGGAGUGCACCAGUCCCCGCACGGUUCCCUGACCAUGCACGGAGGGGGGGCUUCUGUUGCUUGCUGUUCACCUUUGCAGACCCUGACGCCUUUCCAAGUUCACAAUCCAACAAUGCAAGCUAAAGUCAAAGAUUACUUUGUUUUCAGGCCAGGAACGAUUGAGCAGGCCGUGAAUGACAUCCGCUCGGUCGCCUUGCCAUCCGAAGACGGGGAGGUCCAGAGCGUUUGGCUUCUCGCAGAAAUAGACCACUGGAACAACGAGAAAGAGCGCCUGGUGCUCCUCACAGAUUGGUCCCUCCUGGUGUGCAAGUACGACUUCAUCAACCUCCAGUGUGAGCAGGUGAUCCGAGUCUCUCUCAACGCUGUCGACACCAUCUCCACCGGGGAGUUCCAGUUCCCUCCCAAGUCCCUCAACAAGAGAGAGGGGUAUGGUAUCCGGGUGCAGUGGGAUAAACGUCCCCGAGCGUCCUUCAUGAACCGCUGGAACCCCUGGUCCACCGACAUGCCUUACACCACCUUCACAGAGCACCCCAUGGCCAACGCUGAUGAGAAGAUUGCUUCCCUUUGUCAGAUGGACAACUUCCAGACGCAGUUGAUCCAGGCGGUAAAGGCGGCCCACAAGGACUCCCCUCUCCCCGGCAGGGCUAACGGAGUCCUGAUUCUGGAGCGGCCCCUUCUCAUCGAGACCUACGUGGGGCUGAUGUCCUUCAUUAACAACGAGGCCAAGCUGGGCUACUCCAUGACCAGAGGCAAAAUCGGAUUUUAACUAACCAUCUAGCUAAAGGGACUUGUUAAUGUCAUGGAUGGUCUUAUUUUACAGUGCAAGUACAUACAAGUUUGUGUGUGUGUGUGUGUGUAUACAUAUGUAGUUAAUGACCCAUAGUUGAACUGUUGCAGGGUCUUAACUUAAACCCAUGAGGCUACUUUCAAUAUAACUGCCUCGGCAUAGACAGCACAUGUCAGAUUUAUAAAGGUACAGCAUGAGCCAUACUCUAAAGUCCCACAGCCAAACGCUUGUGCCAUGCGUCGUCACCCCUGCAGUGUCGCUUAGAUUACAGCUGUAACUUCUUCCACUGAACAGAACACUUGCAAAAAGGGGCAUCUGUAUUGUUUUGAAAAAUACUUGUUUUCUGGUGGAAUACACAGAAAUGCAUGAUGCACUGUGGUGUGUAUGGUGGAAAGCCAACUGUAGGUAAUGGGAUGGAUGUAUUUCUUAGUAUUUUUGCACAAGCUGUUAUCUGUUGUGUAUGCUGUUUUUUGUUUUGUUUAUUUGUUUGGAUCAGAUCAGAUCCAGGUACAGAUUCCCCUGUGUAGUAAUCACUCACUUUUGCCGCUAACCGAAAUGAAGCGUUCUGUCUCUGGGAUGCCAGUGGGAAGGGACUUUAUUGUAAGGGAGUUGAAGGCAGCAUCUAGAUUCUUGACACAUUAACACAAGCUUCAGCAGCAGCCCCUAAUUGGAUUGAAGCUGUUUUGGCAUUGUUAUGUUUUGAUAUUAAAGUGAAGGGAUUAGAGGACUGACAUUUGAUUGUGUGACAAGCCCUUGGCAGUUGUGGGAGAUGGAAUUAUCACUCUGGCCUCUGAUCGUUUAGACAAUUAGGGCUUUUUAUCUGAUCUCCAAUGUAGCACAAUUUGCUUGAUGUUGAGAUCGAAUCAAUGGGUAAGUUGAGGUUUUUUUUUAACCUAACACAUAGCGGUUAGGCUCCAUGGCAGAAAAACAGGGUUUCGUAAUCCAUGCACAUUUACACAUUGCAUGCAGAACUAAAGCCCCUCCUGGUGACAAAAGCACAACACCCAUAUUUUAGGAUAAGUGAAAUUAACUGGAACGAUGUUCAUGUAUCUGUGAUCUUGAACCAGUGAGAUGAACUUGAAGGUCAGUGCUGUACUUCAGAUAGGUAGCUGCAGGCAGUCUGUAGCUGCGCUUCUCAGAAAACUGGCUGUAUUUGCUGCUGAAUGAAUUGACAAGCCUGUAUUUAUGAUAUUAAUCAAAUAAUUACCAUCAGUUUGCUUAUUCCCACUCUUGACAGAUCUGGUGUGUUUAGUUUAUGCAAAAAUGUUACAUAAAAGGUAUAAAUGUUGUGUGAAUUGAAUUAUGUGUGGGGGGCUUAAAUUAACCUUUUUAAAUUAAAAAACAUUUUAAAAAGUGUUUUAAACACAUCAAGCAAAGGUUUGAGUGUGCCUGUGUAAAAUGAAAGAUACAACUUAAUAUUAAUAUAGAGUACAUUUACUUAAGCUGAGAUCAUUUGGCUUUGCAUCUAUGCCACAGCAAUCUAGUGUUUUGCAAUCUUUAGUGUUACUGUCUAAUAAACUGUGCUGGUGCUAUGUGCUCUAUGUUUAGAUUACGGGAGUUCUUUUACUUCGAGAAAAAAUAAUUGUCGUUCUAAAGCUUUGGUUAUUUAUUUUCACACUGAUUGUGUUCUACUGAAUGACUUUGUUGGUGUGUACAUACGGGUUUUAAAAUAUUAAAAGUGACCAUAACUAACAGAAACCAGGCCAAAGUUAGAAGAAAAUAGUUUAUUCAACUAGAAUUCCUGCCACUGAAAAUUAACCAGUUAAUCUAUUCAGUUCUGGCUUUUACAAAUGGAAUCCAGUAAAUUAAGAAUGUUGCAUUUACCAAUUUUAGCAUGGUUUUAGAAGGACAUUGCAUAAAGUAAAUUCACCGGAGAAAAUCACACUACUUUUAAAAUGCAACGGAGAGAGUGUGACUUGAUACUGUGGACAAUUCUUUAUUUUAUUUUGUUGUAAUAAAGCUAAAUAUUUUUUAUUGUAAAACUAGAUUGUAUUAUAUGAAGCAAGUGUACAUUUCUUAUUUUUGUUUAUCGCUAGUUUUUGAGGUCUUGUUUGGACAUGUCAAAAUGAAGCUAAAGCUAUCUUGAUUCCUGCAAAAUGUGUUACAAGAAACAGUUUACAUAUAUUCUGUUCCUGUGGUUGCCCAUGCUGUGAUUACACCAAAAACCUUCUUCUCCAGUGGUGCCAGGGAGAAGUGAAAGAUGCCACUUUUAAUGUACGAGAAAGAACCUUAUGGACAUGGAGAGGUUUUCAAUUCUAUAUUCAGAUUAGAGCAACCUAGAGCAGUGUCUAAACUAAACAUCAGACAGUUCAAACCUUUUAUUUCCAAAGGGGGUUGAGCAUGCCUAGAAAGUUGCAUUAGCAGAGGAAGAAUACGCUUGGAACCCCAAAGGCAUUUCCAGACCUAUUAAUUGAGAUGUUGUAAUUGUUUGACCUUGUUUCUUGCUAGCUAACAACAUAGUGUUUGAGAGCCAACAAGCAGAUUUAGGCAGCUUGCUGUAGUCAGCGUACACAAAUGCAGUAAGUUAAGAUACAUGCAUGCAUUGGGCUGCAUUCAGUAAGACAAUGUGUACAUUUCUGAAAUAAAACAGUGUGUCUUAUUUAAAUUUACCUGUUUCUUCUCGUUGUGGUGUGUUUCCCUAAAUCUAAAAUGAAGCAGUUAAGAGGAUUUUACUUCCAAAGAUAAGCACCUUAACUGUAAAUGCUUAUAUUUAACCGAGCUUGUGGUUUCAUUUUGGAGUUGGAUCAGAUCUGUAACAAGGUUCUCAACUCAUACAGGAGGCUGCUUGGGUUCUUCACACACUCAGGCAUCCAAUGGCGCCUCCUUUGACCUCAGAUGUGCUUGUGUUUUACUCAUGUUGACAUGUUUCUCGCAUGCUCUUUUUUGUGAUGAAAUUGAGAAAGGUGGUCUAUUUUCAAACUGGCUUCGAAAGCAACACUGCUCUAAAAUCAGCUGUGUUUUGGUUGUGUGCACAGCAAUGACCAGUCUGCACUGCAAGAAAAAUAACAACACCACAAUCAGAUGAUAGCAUAAUACUGUAUUUAUAAAUGCCACUGUGUCUGGCAGCUUAGACAGAAAUGCAGCUCUCUCCCCCCCUUCUUUCUGGUUUACAAAAUCGAAAUCCAUCCUAAAGCAUAACAAAGUUUGUGUCAUCGGUCACUAGAAUUAUUUUAGAGACCCAAUUACAUUAUAAUGAAUGCAUUUUAAGGUCACUUGGUUUUAACUGGACAGUUUGACUGUAAAUUACGAUCCUUGUGGAAUAAGUUUGUUACCGUUUUGUUAACUCAUUUUAACAUGGACUACUGUUUUUUUUAUACAUUUGCGUGUGUGUGUGUGUAUAUAUAUAUAUAUAUAUAUAUAUAUAUAUAUAUAUAUAUAUAUUACACACACACUGUAUAUAUAAAGGGAACAUUACAGACCAAGUUAUGGUUAAUUGUAUUUCUCUGCCUAUUGCUAUGUACGCAUUUAUUUUAUUUAUUUUUAAAUGUUUCUUGCUAAUGUACCUGUGUUUUUAUGAUAGGGAAAAUGUAUAAAUAAAACUAUACACUCAUGUAUUGGAACUUUU